CGUUUCGGUGUGGCAUGCAGCGUGGAGCGAUGGAGUCGAUCGAGCGCCAACGAGGAUGAUACGAGGAGGCGAGGAAGCAGGCGCCAACGCUGCUGCCGAGUCUGGACGGGUGCCUUCGCGCCUUUUAACUCUGAUGGCCGACUUUAGGACGCAGAUAGGCGUCCAGGUUAGCAAGGAUGUUGAAGAAGGAAGGCAUCCAAGAAGCACAGAGGAAUCCUUUAAAAGCAUGCAAGUCAUCAUUGAAGUUUUGCUGGACCAAAACGAGCAACUUGUGUCCUGUCUUGCCGAGCUUGAAAAUGAAGCAGAAAAAAGAACUCUGCAGAUGCAGAGACGCCUCCACUCAACUGCAGACGUAACACGGGAAACUGUAUACAGAAUUUCUGAGUGGGGCGAGGAAAUUCAGAGCAUCAUCUCCAAGAGGCACCUUGCUGAAAAGACACUAGCAGUGUCUGAACGCACAGUGGCUGAACUUCAAAAGGAGAACAACCAGCUGAGGAGCUAUAAUGACAACCUAUUCAGUGAUAUCCAGUCACUGCUGAGUAUCAUAAAUGAAGCCCGUACCACAGGAAACUGGGAGAUGGAUUGUGUCACAUUCUGUGUGAUUUCCCCUGAAGAAGUUUAUGGCCCCAUCUGUCGUUUGUCUUCCCAGCAUCCAGACGGAGUGGCUGUCUUGGAUCUGAAACCUGGCCGUCCUUUACAAAGCCCAGAGACAGAGGCUAUUAUUUGUCCAAGUUUUUCAAAGUCAGCUGAUCCACCUGCAAAAUCCGUACAUACUGAUGUGGAAAUGGCUUUGACAGAAUGCAAUGGUGGUGCCCUUGACACCCAGGAUCCUUGCUCUUCAGCAGGGCUUUAUGAAAAUGUUCGUGAGGCAACUGGAGCAGCCAAUAGUGCUCCGAGCAAGGUUGGUGGAAAAAGUACAAGCUGUCGAACCAAGUUUUCCACAAACAUGCCAGAAGUGUGCAGGGAAGCUGAGCAGGUAAGCCUAAGCAAGAGCCUUCCCGUACUGUGUGUGACAAUGCAAGACAACAUGAAUGACUGUGGCAGCUCAAGAUUGCGCCGUAAGCUUCUUAUCCAGAAGAGAAGCAGGUCCUUCAAAAGCCUCUUGUUUUCUUCACGGAAAAAAAGUACCAGGAAUAUGCGAAAGCGCCUCACUCUAAGCACGUCAAAACAGAGACUGUCAGCACCUGUGCACAACUCGCACUUUGGUCACAAUGUCGGCACUGUGGCCACCACAGCCAGUCGUAAUAGGCUGUAUCAUUGUCCAGCAGAGUGCAAGGGGAUCAUACAAAAUGAAGCUUCCGACACUAGCUCUGAAGUUGUGAGAAAGCAGACAGACCAGUGGAGCAGUGGGGGCCAUCAUAAGGAGACUCACUGUGUGUCAGCUGUUCAAGAAGGGCCACUUAAGACAGAUAAGAAAUGCCCCACCAUCAUGACUACCACAAAACAUGUUGCUGAAUGGGAGCGGCAGAGUAACAAAAGUGAAAGCCUUCCGACGCUGUCUUCAGUUUGGGAGGAAAGCAUGGUCAUCCAAGGAAAUCCAAUGUCUCUUGAGAGCUUUCUGCUUUCCCCAUGGAAACCAAGAACUAGAAAUGUACGGCGGCGUCUAGUCUUCAAUACGUCAAAAAAGCCUUCAGCGCCUAAGAUGACCAAGGACCGCAUACACUUGGUGGCAACCAAGGGGAGUAAAAAAGAUGCUACAACUGAAACAUAUGCUGAAGUCGGAAUUCAGACUGACGUACUUGACCAAACUUUUGGACAUGAGACCACUCAGACAGACCUGUCAAGCACCUUCAGGAAGAAUGACCAAAGGGAGGGUUCAUUACCUCUACACCAUGCGUUAGUACAAACUGAUGAUGACAAGGAAUCUACUGUGAUCAUGGGCACACAAACUGACGUUGAAUGCGAGAGGCAGAGUAACUUAAGUGAAAGCCUUCCCACGUUGUCUUCAGUUUGGGAGGAAAGCAUGGUCAUCCAAGGAACCCCAAAGUCUCUCGAGAGCUUUCUGCUUUCCCCAUGGAAAACAAAAACUGUAAAUGUACGGCGGUGUCUGAACUUCGACACGUCAAAAGAGCCUUCAGCACCCAAGGUGACCGUGGAUAAAAUGCACUUGGUGGCAACCAAGGGGAGUAAAAAAGAUGCUACAACUGAAACAUAUGCUGAAGUCGGAAUUCAGACUGACGUACUUGACCAAACUUUUGGACAUCAGACCACUCAGACAGACCUGUCAAGCACUUUCAGGAAGAAUGACCAAAGGGAGGGUUCGUUACCUCUACACCAUGCGUUAGUACAAACUGAUGAUGACAAGAAAUCUACUGUGAUCAUGGGCACACAAACUGACGUUGAAUGCGAGAAGUGUCUUCCAAGUGGAAAUGAGCAGAGGGACCAGGAGUUGUGCUCACUCAAAGACCGGCUCAACCUGGCUGUUCAAGAAGCACAGUCCAAAACAUUGCUUGCAAUGGAACUACAAGGGCACCUUGAUGUUUCAGCAAAGGAGGUUGAGAUCCGUGACCAAGUCAUCAACCAAGUUGAAAAGAAGUUGAACAGUUCUAGAGAGGAAGCAGAUAAUUUAAAGAGGGAGCUCCUUGAUGUUGAGUCAGAGCUGAUACUUGCCAAGAAGGCAGCAGAAAAGGAAAAAGCUGAAAAUGAGCAGCUGAAGUCCGAGCUUGAGAAGAUGCGCCUGACUGUUCAGUAUCUUCAAGAUGCCUUGACGGAUCUGAAAAAGAAGGCAAGUUCAACAACAGCGCUGCCAAGAGUAUUUGACGUUUGAUUGAAGACUUGCCUUGGUCACUUCCCCCUUUUUUUUGUGUGAUUAAAGCUGCUAUGCAGUAUUUAUUGCAAAAGUAAACCCCCCCUUUUUUUCCCCAAAGGUUGUGAUUUCAUAUUCAUGCCAUUUCUUUUCCAUCCGCAGCAUUUGCUUGUUAAUGGGAAAUUGCAAAAUUUGUGCUUUGUUUGCAUCAAUGAUGUCGCUUGCCCUGUGAUAAAUGCCAAGAUAUUUUCAAAAAGCUCUCUUGAGUUUAGUGUGCAAUGUCAAAAAUUCAAUGAAAUGGUAUUUUUAGGCUAAUAAAUGUUACUUUUACUAUGC